AUGGCGCAACGUGGCGCAGCAGUACAACGAGACCGAGACAGAUGGUGUGUGAAGUAUGAUGGAGCAUCGCUGAGUACAAGUCAGCAAUGGAGCGAUUUCGCCAAGACCGCUGGCUGUCCACCUGAAGGACCAGACCGCAGCAUCCACGUUCCAUACAUCCUCGUGUACUCGGCCUCACAAGAGAAGCUUGAUCGGACCGAGAAGAUCAGCGGAACUGUUGAAACUCAGCUUGAAUCAGCUACCUGGGAGCAGAUCAAGAGCUCUUUCCUCGCUCUCGCCGGCCCAAACUCCAAGGGUAUCAUAACAGUAGAUCUUCUGAUUCUUGAUCAGCAGUCAUUCGAGGAUCGCACUGUCAUCGUUGUGGAGAAAGGCGCGGGGUGGGUGCUAGACGGUAAGGAAGUUGAACGUGUGCCCUAUGGGCAGGACAAUGCUCAAAGACUGAUUGUCUGGAAAAAAUAUCGGGUUCCGUUUGAACAUGCGUUCGCUGUUCAGUGUGGAAUCGAGGGGUUCUGUAGCACUGAGCGGGCAGAGGAAUACUUUGUCGAGGAGAUCGAGAGAGAAGUCGCUCCUGAAGACUAA